AUGGCUUCUACUCUACCUUCGGGCUCGACCGUGCUGGUUACCGGCAUUACUGGCUACAUUGGCUCUCACGUUGCUGACCAAUUGCUCCAAGCGGGCUUCAAAGUUCGUGGAACUGUGAGAAAUGUCGAAAAGGCUGCGGGUUUGCUCAAGCAUUGGGAGAGCAAGUUUGGCGCAGGGCAAGUAGAGUUGGUGGUUGUCCAAAACAUCUCCGAGCCUGGGGCUUUUGAUGAGGCAGUCAAAGGUGUCUCUGGCAUCGCUCAUGUUGCGAGCAAUGUGAGCUUCAACCCCGAUCCCAACAUUGUUGUAACAGAGGUUGUCUCCUCUGCGCACUCCAUCCUUGAUUCGGCGAUGCAAUCACCGUCAGUUAAGAGUUUCGUCUACACCGCGUCGACAACUGCUCUUGGGCCUGCGGUGUUCAAUGUUGCCCAAAAACUAGAUGAGACUUCCUACAACGAGGAGGCUGUUGAGAAUGCGUGGGCUCCUCCCCCUUACACAAUGGAUCGUGCUUUGUCGGUCUAUGCGGCGAGCAAAACACAGGCCGAGCAAGCUGUUUUCAAGUACGCGACUGAGAACAAGGCGCCUUUCGUCGUUAGCUCUGUUGUCCUAGGUGUGAAUUUUGGCAAAAUUCUGGAUCCUUCCAUUCCAUCCAGUUCCGGAGACCUUGUGAAGCAGAUCUUCAAUGGAAACUCUGAAUGGGCCAAAACAGUCGAAUAUCAAUGGUUUGUCGACGUGCAAGAUUCCGCACGUCUGCACGUGGCUGCUUUGACAAACCCCGAUGUCAAAAAUGAACGUAUCAUCGCAUAUGGCGAGCAUUUCACUUGGAAUGAAGUGUUGAAGCAUCUUCGUGAACUCCGACCGAACCACCAAUGGGUAGAUGAUUUCACGGACCCAAGCCAGAAGGAUAUCUCCGAAAUAUCAAACGGACGUGGCCUGGCUUUGCUUCAGGCUUUGGGAAGACCAGGCUGGACUUCUCUUGAAGACUCGCUGAAGUUGAACCUCGAGGCGGUCUAG